GAAACGCUAGCUUUGAACGUUAGAUAUUUGAAAAAAGGGAAACAAAAAAAAAUAAAUGGGGACAUUUUUACGAAUAGUUGUCUUUUGUGUACAGCUAAGGGAAAGAUUCAACCAACAAUAAGGAAAGAAAGAGAGGCAUGUGACUCUCCAUGUCCCUGUUAAUGGAAAGAAAGAGCGAAAAACAGAAGGGAAUAUGUAAAUUUAUGUAGAAAAUUAAGGACCGGAUUAAAGGCACAAUCACUCUCUCUUUUUGGCCUGCCUCCUUGGACUUUGGUCUCUCUCCUCCUUGUACAAACACUUACAGGUUGUCACACACAAAGAUAAAAACCAGAUUCGAAGUGUCUAUCUACUUACUUCCUGUAGGGACGAGAAAAACUAUGGAAAAUAUGGAGUCUAUGAGCAAUGAAGAGGGGAGGACUGAUCAGUUUCCGGUGGGAAUGAGGGUCCUCGCCGUGGAUGACAAUCCAACCUGCCUUCGGAAACUCGAGGAGUUGCUGCUUCGAUGCAAGUAUCAUGUGACGAAGACGAUGGAGUCAAAGAAAGCUUUGGAAAUGCUGAGAGAGAAGAGCAAUAUGUUUGAUCUGGUGAUAAGCGAUGUAGAGAUGCCUGAUACAGACGGCUUUAAGUUACUCGAGAUUGGUCUCGAAAUGGACCUUCCUGUCAUCAUGUUGUCAGCGCAUAGUGACUACGACACUGUUAUGAAAGGGAUUAUCCACGGCGCGUGUGAUUACCUCGUCAAGCCUGUUAGCCUCAAGGAGCUUCGGAACAUAUGGCAACACGUUGUGAAGAAGAACAUCGGCACUUACAAAAAAAUCAUCGGCGGCCCUUCUCGCCACCUCCUCCCCUCUUCCGAAUCCGCCCCGAGCGGCAGCAGGAAACGUAAAGAGAAUGUCCAAGAAGACAGCGGUGACAACGGAGACGACGACAGUGACAGAGAAGAGGAAGAUGGUGAUGGGAGCGAACAAGACGGAGACGAGUCAUCCAACCGGAAGAAGCCUCGUGUUGUUUGGUCACAAGAGCUCCACCAGAAGUUCGUCCAUGCCGUUCAGCAAUUGGGCCUCGACAAAGCUGUGCCCAAAAAGAUACUUGAUUACAUGAACAUAGAAGGUCUAACUAGGGAAAACGUAGCCAGCCAUUUGCAGAAGUACAGACUCUACUUGAAAAAGUUAGACGAAGGUCAGCAGCAGAACAUGUCUCAUGAUGCAUUUGGGAACAGAGAUUCAUCUUACUAUCACAUGGCUCAGCUUGAAGGAGGACUCAGAGAUUAUUCUUCCACAAGACAUCUCUCAACCUCCUCCCUCUUAGCCCGCUCCAGUCUCUCCAAAUUUCAUCCCUCCGUGUAUUCAUCGCUUAACCUCCAAGGAUCAAACUCCUCCCCCGGCUUCAUCCAACAGGGGGGGCAUCACCAGAACUCAAGCAGCUCGGCUAAUCCGUUCGGAACAUAUCACAGUCCUCUGCUGGCAAGAUCUCAGUCUCCUCUAGAGCCCCUCCAGUUUCCUAGAAGCAAGUGCUCUCCAUACAUGGGAGAUUUUAAAGGGAUAGGGGACCGAGGAAUCGGCGGCACUAGCUUCCUUGAUUCUCGGAUGACAUUUGGCAGCUCUAGCUCCUCUUUGCCUAGUGCUGCUUCAACCAACAAUCUGAUGAUGCAAGAGAACUUUACUCACAAUCUGCAUGGUGCAUCUGAUGGGAACCAGUCUUGCCUUGAUGGAGCAGCUCUGUCCAACUCUGCCUCCCUAAACACCGGCGUCAACGGCUUAUCUAGUUUUCCUAGCUGGCAAGGGAAUCUGAGAACAACUAGAUUCCCAUCACACUCUUUGCCGCUGAACCAUGCUUUUGGUCAGGAUCAGAUGACAUGUGGAGUGACCGGUCUGGGAGAUUAUAACACAUCUUUGGUGUCCGCAGAUAAUCAUGCUGGAGUAAUGCAGUGUGAGCCUCCGUUUCUUGGUGACUUCAUGCACAACAUGAAUAAUCAAAAAUGGGAGGAACAGAACUGCACCAUGAUGAACAACAACAACUCAUUCGGUAACGUUGACUAUCCCUUGCAAGCGGCGGACAACAACAUGGUUUUCAGGGAUCACAAUGCGACCAGAAGCAAAGGUUUGGAUGAUUCAUCACUGAUGAUGAGUCCAGUAGAGGACAGUGCAACGACUCUCAACAGUCGAGAGUGUGUGGGAAACCUUGCGAUGAUGGAUCCUGAGAUGAGGUCGGCGAAGCUAGAGAAUGAUCUUGUUGACAACCAUGUAUUCGAUGAUAUAAUGAAUGAGAUGUUGAAACAGGACGAGAAUAACGGAAUGGUGUCAGUGGCUGCUAGGUUUGGACUUGAUUCGUUUCCUCCUCCUUAGUUCUCAUGGCCUUCUCUACCGGUUGCACCAUUCAUUGUUGUCAUUGCUUUUUAAAUUUUUUUGUUUUUUUUUGUUCUCCACAUUGUUUUAUCUGAUUAUCAAUAGAGAUCACCUGACACACUGUACCAACAAAUUUGGUACUCUCUUUUCUUUAUUGGAUAUUUUAAUUCUACAACUUUUAUGUUG